UAAGAUUGAUCGUUUUAACAUGUAUACAUAUCAUUAUUUGCAAUCUGGUUGUAUAGUGAUUCAUCUUGCACAACCAUAUAUACUUAGUUCAAUGAGGUUUCUGCUUUGGGGCGGUAAUGACCAAUUCUACAAGUACACUGUUGAGGAUUCUAUCGAUAAUCAGGAUUGGAAAUGGAUUGCACACGAAUCUAAAGAGCUGAAACAAUCUUGGCAGGUGUUGAAAUUUACACCCAGACCGAUACUCUACAUUCGUAUUACUGGCGUUUAUAACUCAGCAGGCAAUGAUUUCCGUAUUUUAUAUUUUGAAGCUCCCGCUCAAGUAAUUGUAGACGAUCGUGGGAAGAACAACGAAACAGAUGUUAUAAUGACAGAAGCUUCGACUUCAAAUCCAGUCGUUUAAACCAAAUUCCAAUUAUAAGCAUAUUUGUGUUUGUUGCACGCUUACCAUAAAUUAAAGAUAUUAUAAAAAAUACAAUUUUUUUCGUUUAUAUAUAAUUACA